AUGUCUAGAGCUGACAAAUAUGAGAAAAUUGAACGUAUUGGAGAAGGUACUUAUGGUACGGUAUAUAAAGCUCGUAGUUUAUUAACACAAGAAAUAGUAGCUUUAAAAAAAGUUCGACUUGAUGAUGAAGAUGAUGGUGUACCGAGUUCAGCUCUACGUGAAAUUUGCCUUUUAAAAGAAUUACGCCAUCCAAAUAUUGUCAGAUUAUUAGAUGUUAUUCAUACUGAGAAAACUUUAAAUCUUAUAUUUGAAUAUUGUGAUCAAGAUUUAAAAAAAUAUUUUGAUUCAUGUAAUGGAGAUAUUGAUUCAACAACAGUACAAUCAUUUUUUUGGCAAUUAUUACAAGGUUUAUCAUAUUGUCAUGAACAUAGUGUACUUCAUCGUGAUCUUAAACCACAAAAUCUAUUAUUAACUAAGAAUGGAGAAUUAAAAUUAGCUGAUUUUGGUUUAGCAAGAGCUUAUGGUAUUCCUGUUAAAUGUUAUUCAUCAGAAGUUGUUACUCUUUGGUAUCGUCCACCUGAUGUUUUAUUUGGUGCAAAAAUUUAUACAACUUCAAUUGAUAUAUGGUCUGCGGGAUGUAUAUUCGCUGAAUUAGCAAACGGUGGAAAACCUUUGUUUCCAGGAGAAAGUGUUGACGAUCAGUUGAGAAGAAUAUUUAAAGUAAUUGGAACACCAACUGAAGAAACUUGGCCUGGUGUUUCAAGUCUUCCAGAAUAUAAACCAUUUUCAAUUUAUCAACCAACACUAUCACUGAUUCAUUUUGUUCCUAAAUUGAAUAAUAAAGGCAAAGAUCUUUUACUGCGUUGUCUAAUCUGUAAUCCAAAUCAACGAAUAUCAGCAGCAGAUGCUCUUCAACAUCCAUAUUUUUCAGAUAUACAAUCAGUCAAUUAG